CGGUUAUCCGGACUCUGGCCGGACGAUCUCGCUCACAGCGUUCGCGGUGCUGCACGGUGUUGUUCCGCUCUCCGAUCCGAUCCGAUCCGAUUCGAUCGCUCGCAAGCAUCGUUUCACGGCGUGCUAAGAAAGAGGUAAAAGAGAGCAAACAUGUGCGACGAGGAAGUUGCCGCGCUCGUGGUCGACAAUGGCUCCGGUAUGUGCAAGGCUGGCUUCGCCGGGGACGACGCUCCCCGCGCCGUCUUCCCCUCGAUUGUCGGCAGGCCGCGCCACCAGGGUGUCAUGGUCGGUAUGGGACAGAAGGAUUCCUACGUCGGUGACGAGGCCCAGUCCAAGAGAGGUAUCCUAACGCUCAAGUACCCGAUCGAGCACGGUAUCGUCACCAACUGGGACGACAUGGAGAAGAUCUGGCAUCACACCUUCUACAACGAGCUGCGAGUGGCGCCGGAGGAACACCCGGUCCUCCUCACCGAGGCACCCUUGAAUCCCAAGGCGAAUCGCGAAAAGAUGACGCAGAUCAUGUUCGAGACGUUCAACACUCCCGCCAUGUACGUGGCGAUCCAGGCGGUCCUCUCGCUCUACGCAUCCGGCCGUACCACCGGCAUCGUCCUCGACUCCGGAGACGGCGUCUCUCACACCGUACCGAUCUACGAGGGAUACGCCCUGCCGCACGCUAUCCUCCGCCUGGAUCUCGCUGGCCGCGAUUUGACCGACUAUCUCAUGAAGAUUCUCACCGAGCGAGGCUAUUCCUUCACGACCACCGCCGAGCGAGAAAUUGUCCGCGACAUCAAGGAGAAGCUCUGCUACGUCGCGCUCGACUUUGAGCAGGAGAUGGCCACCGCGGCCUCCUCCUCCAGCUUGGAGAAGAGCUACGAGCUCCCCGACGGCCAGGUCAUCACCAUAGGUAACGAGCGAUUCCGCUGUCCCGAGGCCCUCUUCCAACCUUCCUUCCUAGGCAUGGAGGCUUGCGGGAUCCACGAGACCACCUACAACUCCAUCAUGAAGUGCGACGUCGACAUCCGUAAGGAUCUCUACGCCAACACCGUUCUGUCUGGCGGCACCACCAUGUACCCCGGCAUAGCCGACAGGAUGCAGAAGGAGAUCACUGCCUUGGCGCCAUCCACCAUGAAGAUUAAGAUUAUCGCCCCGCCCGAGAGGAAAUACUCGGUGUGGAUCGGUGGAUCGAUUCUCGCCUCGCUCUCCACCUUCCAACAGAUGUGGAUCUCGAAGCAGGAGUACGACGAGUCCGGGCCCUCCAUCGUCCACAGGAAGUGCUUCUAAACGCGUGCUUCUUUGCAUAUUAUCAUUCCCCGAGAUCCCUGAGACUUUGAGAGAGAGAGAGAGAGAGGGGCUUUUGUCUCGUUUCGCAGGCGGACGUAACAUCAACUUCCGCGACGAUUGCCCUUUGGUUCCUCCGGGGCAAAGGUAGCUUCUUUCAAUUCGGAUGUACGUGUUUAAGAUACGCGUAAGGUAGACGCGUCCGAUUAAACGAGAGGAGAGAAAGAAAGAGAGAAAGAGUGAUACAUAUAUAUAUACACACAUAUAUAUAUAUAUAUCGCUCUCCUCCCGCGAUUGUUCCUCGGUCUCGGCGGCAACCCGAUAUAAAUCGUUCUUGCUCGUUUAAAUCAUUUUUCACAUUGAUUCGAUAUAACGAUCUUAAACAUCGUGCCCCGAUUCCCAAAUACCUUUUUCUACCUUGUCUUAUAUCGAGUCCCUUGUAUUAUAUAUUUCAAUAACUUGUGUGUCUCUAGCAAGUCGGUAGCAUUUAGCCAAACAUUCCCCUCGCGAGAUGCAUCCUUCUCUCGACGCGAGAACAGAAUACUUUUUUUUUUCGUUAGAAAAAGAAGACUUUGCUCCUCCCUCAUAAACGCGUAAACCUCGAUUGCCACUUUGAGAAUUCGAGCAAGAAACGUUCACAUCUCUGUUGUGGGAAAGAUUGUCGGUUACUCUUCCCGCGGAUAGAACAGAGUUCCGACACACGAUGGCAAUCAACGUCGAUGCAUUCCGAUCAAUGUGCGGUGUUUUUAAGAGAUGCUUGCGUCAAAGCUCAACAUACGUUGUACGUUAUUCCGCGCAGAGAGACAAGCCUCCGACAUUUUACUUGUUUUCUAUUACAAUUUGCCUAUCGUUGAGGGAAAAGAUGGCCUUUUUUGUCUUCUUUCUUUCUUUCUUUUUCCCCCCUUUUUUUACACGAUGGGGUCUGAUCCAGAAAAGCCGUAUCAACGCUCGCUCAAACAAAUGGAGAAAGAAAAAAAAAGAGGAAAGGCACCACGGUUUCGACCCCGUAAGCGUAGCCAAAGUAUUAUAAUUUAUUCCCAUUGUAUUGCGCAAGACCAUUCACACACACACGUACACAUCUUAAAGACUACUUUAGACUUAUGGGAUUAUAAAAUAAAAGUCUGAAAAACA